CGAACCGGAAAAGCAGAGCCGUUGGAGAGAAUGAUGUCAUUCUUUCUUCCCUCCGCCGCCAAACUCCAGCCUUCUCUCCCACCCUCAAAGCCCUCUCGCCAUAAACUCUCACAAUCACCGCCGCUGUCGUUAUCCCCACUGCAUUCUCCGAAGCACUACCCCAACUCCGAAGCUCUCAACAACCGUCUGAUCCACUUGGCCGACGCGGGCCGUCUCCGCGAAGCAAUCGCCGUCCUUGAUCAGGGCUUCACUCCUGAUCUCCCCACCUUCUCCGUCCUCCUCAAAUCCUGCAUCAGGUCUGGAAGCUUUGAACUUGGGAAGCUCGUCCACGCCCAAUUGACUCGGUCCGGUCUCCAAUUCGACUCGAUUGCUCUCAACACGCUGAUCAGCUUGUACUCAAAAUGCGGGGAUUGGGUCGCUGCCAAUGGGAUAUUCGAGAGUAUGGGUGAGCGUAGGAACUUGGUUUCGUGGAGCGCUAUGAUCUCCUGCUUUGCUAAUAACAAUUUGGAAUCGCAAGCCAUUGUUGCGUUCUUUGAUAUGGUUGAAUCUGGGUGGUAUCCGAAUGAGUAUUGCUUUUCGGCAGUGAUUCGGGCGUGUUCGAAUGUGGAGAAUUUGCUAAUUGGGAGACUUAUUCUUGGGUUUGUGAUAAAAACUGGGUACUUUGAGUCUCAUGUGUGUGUUGGGUGUGCUUUGAUUGACAUGUUUGUGAAGGGUGGUUCUGAUUUGGGUUCUGCGUAUACGGUGUUUGACAAAAUGCCUGAGAGGAAUGUUGUUACGUGGACUUUGAUGAUUACUAGGUAUGCGCAGUUGGGUCAGCCGAUAGAUGCCAUUGACUUGUAUUUGAAUAUGGUACAGAAUGGGUUUGUUCCCGAUCGAUUCACUUUCAGCAGUGUUGUUCCAGCUUCUGCUGAACUGGGAUUAUUGUCUCUUGGGCAGCAACUGCAUUCUCAGGUGAUAAGGUCAGGGUUGGCUUUGGAUAGUUGUGUGGGGUGUAGUUUGGUGGAUAUGUAUGCGAAGUGUGCAUCGAAUGGAUCUGUGGAUGAAUCGAAAAAAGUUUUUGAUCAGAUGACUGGUCAUAACGUCAUGUCUUGGACUGCAAUUAUCACAGGGUAUGUGCAAAAUGGAGAACAUGAUAAGGAGGCCAUUGAUCUUUUUUGUAAAAUGAUAAAGGGUCCAGUUCAACCAAAUCAUUUCACAUUCGCCAGUGUUUUCAAGGCAUGUGGAAGUCUUUCUGAUCUGGAUGUGGGAGAACAGGUUCAUAGUCUUGCGGUGAAACUGGGCCUCUCUUCAGUUAAUUGUGUGGGAAAUUCUAUUAUUAGCAUGUAUGCUCGGUCUGAUAGGAUGGAAGAUGCCCGGAAGGCUUUUGAUGUUCUGUUUGAGAAGAAUUUGGUUUCAUACAAUGCAGUUGUUGAUGGUUACACAAAGAAUAUGAAUUCUGACGAAGCUUUUGAACUCUUUCACCAAAUUGAGGAUAGGGGAUUUGGGGUCAGUGCCUUCACAUUUGCUAGUUUAUUGAGUGGGGCUGCAAGUAUAGGUGCUAUUAGUAAGGGUGAGCAAAUUCAUGCUCGGUUACUAAAAGCAGGGUUUGAAUCAAACCAAUGCAUAUGUAAUGCCCUGAUCUCUAUGUAUUCCAAGUGUGGAAACUUAUUAGCUGCCUCUCAAGUUUUUGACGAAAUGAGUGAUCAAAAUUUAAUCUCCUGGACUUCAAUCAUCACUGGUUUUGCAAAACAUGGAUAUGCAACAAGAGCAUUGGAAAUGUUUCGCAAAAUGAUUGAAAUAGGAGUCAAGCCAAAUGAGAUCACCUAUAUAGCUGUUUUAUCAGCUUGUAGCCAUGUGGGUAUGAUUUACGAGGGAUGGAAUCACUUCAAUUCAAUGCAAAAAGAACAUGGAAUUGUCCCAAGAAUGGAACAUUAUGCAUGUAUGGUUGAUUUAUUAGGCCGAUCUGGCUUGCUUGCGGAAGCUGUUGACUUCAUUAACUCAAUGCCUUUUAAGGCUGAUGCUCUAGUGUGGCGUACACUACUUGGAGCCUGCGCAGUUCAUGGCAAUUCAGAGCUGGGGAAACACGCUGCAAACAUGAUUCUUGAGCAGGACCCUCAUGAUCCAGCUGCAUAUAUCUUACUAUCAAAUUUGUACGCUUCAACAGGUAAAUGGGAAGAUGUAGUGAAAAUCAGGAAAAAUAUGAAAGAGAGAAAAUUGAUUAAAGAAGCAGGAUAUAGCUGGAUAGAGAUAGAAAGUAAGGUGCACAAAUUCUACGUGGGAGAUACUUCACACCCAUCAGCUAGGGAGAUUUAUGAGGAACUGGACCAACUUGCUUUUAAAAUAAAGGAAGUGGGCUAUGUUCCCAAUACAGAUUUUGUACUUCAUGAUGUGGAGGAAGAACGGAAGGAACAGUAUCUUUUCCAACACAGUGAGAAAAUUGCAGUAGCAUUUGGCCUCAUAAGCACAUCCAAAUCAAAACCCAUUAGGGUAUUUAAGAAUCUUCGCGUGUGUGGAGAUUGUCACACUGCAAUAAAAUACAUUUCAAUGGUCACGGGAAGAGAAAUAAUUGUAAGGGAUUCAAACCGGUUUCAUCAUAUCAAGGAUGGUGCCUGCUCCUGCAAGGAUUACUGGUGAUAUACUCAGAGUGAAGUUGGUAAAAAAGAAGGAAUCUUUCAAUUAGAGUUAGCACUGUCAGUUGGGCAAAACUAUGGAACGAUUUCCAUCCCAUUUCCUAGGUUCUAUCCUCCAUUUCAGUCUGCAGGCAGGCAGGGUAUAAUGUGGUAUCUUGACGUAUCCAUAGUGGUUAACAUGAUGAAUCCACAGUGUUUAAUCAGUUAAGGCAGGAUGUGCUUUCAAUGAUUUUCUUUUUUUGCAUGCUGGUAAUCAAUGUACUAUAUAUUUUUCUGUUCAAGCUGAAAUCUGGAAAGGGAUUCAACUGCAACCACCCCAAAUGACUUGGGAAUUCAGGUAUUCUAUUGCAGUAUGAGUUUCUUAAUAGUUAAGAAUUCGCAAAAGCUGCCCAUAGAGUUGGAUUUUUUUACACACAGAGCUUAACGAGGAUGAAGCUUUCUUCACUGUUAUUUCUCUUAUUCUGGGGCAAUUAAUUGCCUGCUGAUUCUUUGUACUACCUGUUUUGCAAACUUUAUAGUUCAUAUUUGCUGCAUUUUUGUUGAAGUGCUACAUGUAUCUAUAUACCCUCUUUUGAUCUCAACAUUUUCUAUGAGAAUGUGCAUUAAUUUUUCCAA